CAGGUCUUGUGAGGCUUUUUCAGGUCGAGGGCCCCGUUUCGAGGGACUUCGACAGAUGCUGAAGCAAGCCAUCACUGCGAACGAUGCAUGGCAUCCCCGACGCGACGCGUUGCUGGUGGAGAUCCAGGGGCAGGAGCUGCGGACCGUCGACGCGAACGAGCCCAGACGGAUUUCCUUGCAGUUCGCAGACCUCAUGUACAGCCACAUAGAAGAAAGCUUGGCGAAAGGGACGUUGUUCAAGACGGAGACAGCAGACCAAGAGGACAUGCGAAAGUGUGUCUUUUGCUUGGCACCCCGAUGGAGUAUGAUGGAGGUAGGCACAGCCAAAGGGAUGGACAGCGAAAUCGAAGACGUCUGGUUCCUUUGUUCCCAAUUGAAUGAGGAACAGUUAGAAAUGUUCCUGAGACAAAUGGGACGAGUCGGUUGUCUGCGCUGGGACUUCAAUGAGACAUAUCUCCUCACCAAGCGAGUUCUGGGCUCAGGUGGCUUUAGCAUCGUCUACGAUGGCAUGCGCCGUAGCGGCUUCGCAACUUUAGCACAGCUGCAAGAGGAUGAGGAUGAAGAGUCUGGUGGAUGUCUGUGGUCGAGGUCGCAGCAGGAGCCGAGCUAUGUGGCGUUGAAGUUCCUACAGAAAAUCGACAGCAUGGAACAUGCCACCUCAGUGAUCAACGAGGUCUACUUUUUGUCUUUAUGCGGCUCACAUCCGAACAUUACAAGUCUCUUAGGUACCUUCCUGUGCCCACAACGUUACAAGACGGCCUGGAUCAUUGCCAUGGAACGCUACUUGCAGGGACGGCUCUCAGAUUAUGUGGACAUGCAUGGUCCUUUUCUGCUGUCCGGGGGGGAUAUCAUGGCCAUUUGCAUCUUGUCCGCGCUGGCUUUUCUUCAUAGUAAAAACAUCAUCCACAGGGAUCUGCGGCCGGAGAAAGUUCUACUCUCCGAUCGGAUGACCCCAAUCGUAGCAGACCUAGGUCAAGCGGCCCAUUUGGGCGACUCCGUUGCCAUGAUGCGACGUCUGGGCACCGCGGGCUAUGUGGCGCCGGAGGUCCUGGACACACGAAGUCCGGGCUACGGAAGUCUUAGUGAUGUUUUCAGCGCUGGCUGCGUGCUCUUCUUUCUCUAUUGCGGUGUCGAAGCCUAUAGAGAUGCCAACUACGGUGCCACCUUACAACGAACCUUGGCCGGAAAGGCCAGGUUUAACCAUCCCAAGGUCAAGCAGGUGCGGAGUGGGACGCUGCAUUUGUUGAAGAAGAUGUUGUCUCCCAGCCCCAAGAAACGGCCGAGGGCCCAGAAAGGCUGCAAGGCGCUGUGGAACCUUGGUGAUGAAGAGGUGCAGGAAUCCGUGGCAGCGAUGGAGGCGAUUCAAAGCCUGCCGGUCUCGGAGAAUGAGACUGUGAGUUAUGCUCGGCUGCAACCGGUUCAAGAAUUUCGAGACGAGUUUGAGGAUGAGAUUCCCCGCCCGGUUUCAGAAGUCGUGGACAAUUCCACUACGACGUUCAAGAGCUUGCCUCCAGGAAGUCCAAAUUGUCCAAGCGACAUGCAGAUCCACAUCCCCAGACUACCUUCAGCGCAUUCGAGCCGGAGUGGUUUUUUCGGUCGCUUCAAGCGACGAUCACGAUGAAGCGGCCGUCGAUCAGAGCUUCGUUUUUGUCGUUUUUGUUUUGAGCGCCUGGGGAGUGCGGAAAAUGUGUGAC